AUGACGUUCCUGUAUUUGCUCCUCGUUUCGUUCCUGCUUGCUACCCAAGGUUUCGCCUAUCCCCAGCCGCUCCCCCUCACGGGCCCAGCGCACUUCACCCAUGACCCAGCGAUUAUCUACAACCCUCAGUCAGACUACUAUUAUGUUUUCUCCACGCAUGGUGGGGUUGCCAGGAGCAGAGAGCUGCUUGGACCUUGGACGGCUGUUGGCCAGUACCUGCCUACGGGGUGCUCGAUUGUCACGUCCAACGCUGGGCACUGUGAUACUUGGGCUCCUGAUGUGCAUUACUUGAGUGGAAUGUACUAUCUAUACUAUGCGAUCAGCGGAUUCGGCUCGCAGAACAGCACGAUAGGCGUCGCAACGAGCCCCACAAUGGAGUAUGGUUCCUGGACCGAUCAUGGGACGGUAUUCUCCUCUGUCGAUGGCGACACGUUCAACGCGAUCGACCCCAACCUUAUCGUAGACAACGGCACCCUGCUCCUGACAUUCGGUUCCUACUGGGCGGACAUCUACCAAUUCCCGCUCUCUCCCUCCGGUCUUGCCCCACUCACGAAUCCACCAAACCUCACCUGGCUGUCGUUCAACUCCACUCCUCCCCAGUCUGAGGAGGGCGCGUUCGUCUACCAACCCCACGGGAGCGGAUACUACUACCUGUUCUACUCGAGCGGCACGUGUUGUGGCUUUGUCGCUGGGGAUCUGCCAGCUCCGGGGAAUGAGUACAAGGUGUUUGUUGGACGGAGUGAGAGCGCGACGGGGCCGUUUGUGGAUCAGAACGGGACACCUUUGUUACAGACUGGAGGGACGGAGGUGCUUGCGAGCCACGACAAUAUCUACGCGCCUGGAGGCACGUCCCUCUUCUGGGAUCCAAAGUCCAAGAAAGACGUGAUCGCCUAUCACUGGCGCCCAUUCAACAACAUUCAGGGCGACGCGAACUCGAUGCUGGGGCUAAACUACGUCGAUUUCUCUUCUGUGAGUGGAGCUAUCCCAUGGAGCGGAAUAUGA